CCGGACCGCCCGCCAUUCUGACCCCAUCAGUGUGUGUUUCCGGGUCAGGAGCGGAAUCAAUGACAGAUUGGCAACAGUAUGGCGGAGCGGGGAGGCCAAAAUAGUGAUGAUGAAUCCUAUGAAGUUGUAGAUCUGAGGGAGUAUUCACGACAACAUGCGUGGUGGGGCCGUGUUUUCGGACAUAAUUCUGGUCCAGUUGCAGAGAAAUAUUCUGUAGCUACUCAGUUAAUGAUGGGUGGUGUGACUGGCUGGUGUGCAGGCUUUGUAUUUCAGAAGAUUGGCAAGCUAGCGGCUACAGCAAUUGGAGGUGGAUUCCUUUUGAUGCAGGUUGCAAAUCACAGUGGCUACAUUAAAGUAGAUUGGAAAAGAGUUGAGAAAGAUGUAAAUAAAGCCAAACGACAGUUGAGAAGAAAAGCGAAUAAAGCUGCUCCUGAAAUCAACACCUUUAUUGAAGAGUCAGCUGAAUUUGUAAAGAAGAAUAUCGUGCUGACAAGUGGUUUUGUUGGGGGCUUUUUAUUGGGUCUGGCCUCGUAAAGUAUUUCCGACUAUGCAGACACAGUAACAACUAUGAAGACAAAACUACAGUUUGGUCCUGAAAAUAUACUGCACCAAACCAACAAUGCUAGCAUGUCAGUAUUGCAGCUUCCCAAGGAACACUGGAGAGUUCAAGCCACACAAUGAAAUAUUAAAAGGACAAAAAUAAUCAUCCUGCACUUUUGAUUUUAGUUAGUUGAAUUGAUGUGGUAUAAUUUGUAUAGUAAGAAAAGCUUUAAAUUCAUUUUUGUGGGUUUUUUUGUAUAUUUUUUUCUUGUUAUCAGUUCAUGCUGUAAACAUCUCAAGCCAAAUAUACUGUAUUUUCUGUUGUUUAGACUUUUUACACAGUAUUUAAAACUUUAAAAAAGAAAUCUAAUUUGUAUAUAAAGAGCUUAUUAUGUCUAUCUGUAAUUUAGUCUGAGGCUCUGUCAUAUCUUUACAAAAUGCAACAGUCAAUUUUCUUAUUAAUUAAACACUGCUUUUGAUUUUGA